AUGUACAUCAGGAAAGUACCCCCGACCCGCUUGUCCGUAACCAAUUCAACCCUUUCUUUCAAAUCCCCUCAAUUAUCCUCUUCAGUUUCGACUGUCCCUCUCACCACACAUAAUGGCUCCUCCCAAGGUCUUUCUGACUGGCGUUACUGGCUAUAUUGGCGGUGAAGGUUUAUACACCAUCGCCACUGCCCACCCAGACUGGCAACUGUCAGCCCUGGUCCGGAGCAAGGAGAAAGCCGCCCAAGUUACCAGCAAGUAUCCAGAGAUUCGCAUUGUCUCCGGAGAUCUAGACUCGGUUGAUAUCAUUGCCGAGGAAGUCAAAAAUGCCGACAUUGUUUUCAACUUUGCCGAUUGUGACCAUGUCGCAGCUGCUCAAGCUAUCGCUAAAGGCGGCCAGCAGCACACCGCAGAGCGUCCUCUGUGGCUGAUUCACACCUCCGGCACUGGUAUCCUGACCGUGGAAGAUCAGCGUGCCAAUACAAUCGGCAUCGAGCGCCCCAAGGAAUACAAUGACUGGGAAGGGGUGACCGAGCUUGUCAACCUCCCAGCAGACGCUUUUCAUCGAAAUGUCGAUGAAAUUAUCAUCAACGCUGGCAAGCAGAACCCAUCUGGUGUCCGCACGGCCAUUGUGUGCCCACCUACCAUCUACGGUCCCGGUCGAGGCCCUGUAAAUACCAAGAGCCUCCAAGUCUACCAGUUGAGUGCCACCGUUCUUUCCCGUGGCGCAGGAUUCCUGGUCGGCAAGGGUGAAAACGUCUGGCAUGAGGUUCACGUGCAGGAUCUGAGCAGCGUCUAUCUCGCCUUGGGUGAUGCCGCCGCGGCUGGAGGUGGCAAUGCCACAUGGAAUGAUGAGGGUUACUAUUUGGCCGAGAACGGAUCGUUUGUCUGGGGUGAUAUUCAGCGUGAGGUUGCAAAGCAGGCUCAUCUCCAGAAUUUCAUCGACUCGCCCAACGUGAACGAGCUGAAUAUCGACGAGGUCAAAAAGGUUCAUCCAUUUGGCCACUAUCUCUGGGGUACUAAUUCUCGUGGACAUGCAAUUCGUGCUCGCAAGCUUUUGGCAUGGAGCCCUCAGAAGCCGAGGAUGAUCGAUCUGAUUCCUGAAAUUGUUGCGUUAGAGGCAAAGGAUCUGGGCCUGCAUUAGGAGAACUUUCGUCAUCUGGGGGACAUAGGUAUCGUCUUUAAUUUUUUUUUUUUUUUUUUCCUUAAAGGGAUCCCGGGAAGAGAGAGAAAAACAUAAAAGAUAGUACCAGGUUGAAUGAUCAUAAGUUUCCCAGAUCUUUGUCAUUCAGUGGCAGUGGCCGAGUAGAAGCGGAGCUCUGUUUCAAUAUAUGUCACUGCUGGCCGAGUUAUUUGCCAAAGCGUCGUUGGAAGACCAAAGUGGUUGAAAAGUUGAACCGGAACGCUCGAUAAAGACUACUUGAAGAAUCCAAGCUACCUGAUCUUGGUCACUAGGGCGUCUGGGAAAUUACCAGGGAAACUACCGUUAGGCCUGUACAUGUGACUUGGCAGCCUCAGGAUUCACAAAAGUAGGAAAGAUCCGGCGAUGCUAGGGUUCGGGUAAUACAAAGCAAUAUUAAAUGAAAC